GGUACGAUCCGUCACCACAGCGUUCUUCUAUCGAGCCAUAAACGAGUGGAUGACUCCCUCUCGCCAUUAACGCAAAGACUAUGUCGUGGUGAUUUCGUAAAAUUCGUCAUGGUCCCAUAUAGGUGGAAUGUUUAUGAUUCCGAAAAUCCGGUCCUCCACAUGGCACAAGUUCUCUUGUUCCCAUACCCAAUCGGUAUCUUCCUCUACCGACAAGCUAAUGAACGAUGCGCGGGGAAAUGCGUGUCCGAAAAGGAGCAGACUUUUCUCAAUGAGGAAAGCUUGAUGCAGCUUUUGACAGAAAGCCGUGCCGUUGAGGCGUCGAGGGCCUGGAUUCAGCUCGGCUACAUUCCGAUGGGGGCAAGUAUUGGCGCACACGUGAAUAGAGAGCAUGGUACUUUCUUGUCUGUUCGUACUUCAGACCUUUCGACCUUUGCAAUGAAACAUUGUUCCGUCAGAUCGAUCGGAGGAGUCUUGGGUUGUUUCCCAUUCGAAGGUCGCGUGCUCGUACCUGAUGUCUGACGGUUUCUGGUGCAAACAUUGUGUUUUCGUCUUACGCCAAG